UUUUGAAGAUAUUUAAAUUCAUAUUUCAUAGCAUCUACUGAAUAUUUCCACGUGAUUUUAACGAACGUUACAACUACUGUGUUGAGAUAUAUUAUAGUUUUUCCGAAUCAUGACAAAGACCAUGUCUUCUGAUGAUUACGAGCAGGUUGCCAAAGAAAUGCGAGCGUGGCUCAAUUCACAACCGCAUCUACCUCAAGAUGUCUCGGACGGCAUGUUGUGCCGCUUCGCUCACAGCUGCUAUUACGACAUGGAGGGUGCGAAAAGCGCAGCAGAUACUUACUUCACUCUCAGACGCGACUACCCUCAGUUAUUCACUGACAGAGAUCCUGACUCACCUCACAUGAAGAAGUUUAUAAGUGCCGUUAAUCUAGCCCACCUGGAACUUUCUGAACGAAGAAAACUUUGGAUAUGGCAAUUGAACGAUCCCAAUUUAGAGCAUUACGAGUUAACUUUGGACGCCAAAUUCCAUCUCCUAGUCAACGACUGCUGGUUUCUCGCCAAUGAGGAAAGAUUUUAUGAAAGCGAUAUAUAUAUGUUGGUAGAUUUUAAAGAUAUUGUCAGUAUCAAAGUGUUCACGAAACUGAAUAUGCUGGCGGCGAGGGUUCUGUCAAAGUACCAACGGGAAGCAGUGCCAGUUCGUCUGAAACAGCUGCACAUAGUAAACGCCUCGUUCGUAGCGAGGAAAGCCUUUGCGUUAGUCAAGAAGUUUUUUAGCAAAGAUGUUAAUGACAUGAUACAUUUCCAUGAGGCGAACUCCACGACACUACAUAAUUUCUUCAAUGAGGACGAACUACCCUCAGACUACGGCGGUACCCGACCUUCUAUGAAAACCUUCAUGGUCGAAACUAUGAAACUGAUAAACGAUAAACGGUACGACAAAAAUACAAAUUAA